AUUGAUUUAUAUGUCAGGUAUGUAGCUAGAGCUAAAGCCUUCCACGCGAGUGCGGUUACCAUUUCUGAUUACGAAACCGAAGAAAAAAAUGAAAACGAUUGGCUUUUAGCAAAGAUCAGAAUACACAAGUUAUCGAAUUAAGAAUCAAUUUUGGUAUUGAGCCUUCAUUUUUAAAUUAUACUGAAAUAAUCAAAAAGAUGGAAAAACCAUUGUGGUAUCGUUGGGCUAGAGUUUACGCCGUUGGGUUUGGUAUUAUCGGUUUCGGGUUCUUAUUAUAUAAUAACAUUGUUCCAACUGAUGAAGAGUUAAUCAGCAGAUUAUCGCCUGAGUUAAGAGCUCAGUAUGAGAAGGAAAAAGGAUUAAGAAGAAGAGAGCAAGAAGAACUUAUCAAAAUUGUUAAACAAACUUCAGCAUCAAAUGACCCGAUCUGGAAGACCGGUCCUAUCAAGUCACCUUUCGAACAUGGCGGUGAGCAAUUAGCUGAUGUCAAGCAAAGAUAUGAAAAAGAGAUGGCUGAGAAGAAACAAAUGGGUGAGAUAGAAAGAAUAAGAGCUGAAUUAGAAGAAGCCCAAAGCAAAACUAAACUUGAAACUGAGGAACAGUUGAAGAAAAGAACUUGGUAUAGCUGGAGAUGAGCAUGAUCUCAUAGAAAUAUUUAACGUGAAACGAAGAUGCUGGAUUAACGGAUCGAUAAAGAACGGGAACCUUGUACAUAAUAUGAUCUGA